AUGCCCGCCGGUGCGAAAUCGCGAACGCCGGCAACGGACUUCGUCUACGACUACGCAGCGAAGCGGCAAGCACAGAUGGAGCGGGCCCGGCAGCUGCGUGAGGACCGCCUCCAGCAACAGCAGCAGUGCCAAUCGCCAUUCACACAAAACAGCGGUGACGACGGUGUUGGAAAUCCCUACGCCGCCUCCCCAAAGUACACAACGGCGUCCUCUGCCAAGGGCAAUGGCGCAGCAGCGGUGGUGGGACCGGACAUGAAGCCACCGCCGCCCAACGUACCGCGCCUUCGCCACCCCACUUCCGGUCACAGUAGCGUCGACAGCGGCGCCCCCCCUGGGAAGGGCGAAGAUGGACCCGUCCUGUAUGUAAAGGAGCGGGAUUUCAAGCAGGCCACGCAGGCCGGCAUCAUCACGCCCGACCAGGCUCGCCAGCUGUGGGCGAUGCUGUCGAAUCAGAUCAUCCGCGUCUGCUCGCCGUCGGCCCACGCAAACGCCGUGUCAGUGAGCAGCCUGCUGGCGCUGUCAAGAAACUCCUAUAACUCCUCUGGGCGGGCGGCGGGUGGUUUGCAGUCGGCCGAAGGCAGUGAGUUUGGAGCGAGCAUCUCCUUGGAGUCGCUUCGGACCAGCAUCGCGUACUUCAAGCGAGAACAGCAACGACUACUGCUGCAGCAGGGCGGUGGUGGUGGUACGACCGGCGCCCCCUCCCAGGGUCGACACCCGCUGUCCUCGUCGCCGCCAGCGCUUAACAGCACAGCAGGACAACCCGCGUCGCAGUCGCGUGGGCUGCCCUCACGUCAGUCGCAGUACGAGGCCAACAUCAAGAACAACCAUUACCAAGACGACGACGAGGCCAGCAAAGAUGAGCAACGAGCGCUUGCCACGCCACUGGCGCUGCGCAGCGGCGGCGGUGGUGGUGCCGGUCGUGGCGGCCGCCCAGCUUGGAAUGCAGAUGUGGAAGUGCACCAUGAGGACGACUACGACGAUGAUCGUAACCGCCACGCGCCAUCAUCGCCGUCGGCGAUCAGCAGCGGCGGGGCGGCGCUCAAGAAGCCGCGGACGGGGAAGACUAACGCUGUGCGGUCGGUUCCUAAGGGUGCCGCGGCACCGUCGUCGUCGGCUGCUCGUGCUGGUGUUGGUGGUGUUCGUGGCACCUCUUCCCAAGCCGGAGCGGGACAAGCAGACGGCGGCUACGGCAACGACAGCGAAAGGAACUGCAGCAAUGUGUACAUGCCGCCGCAGUCCUCCCCUCCUGUCUCGCGAAGCGCUAAGGCUGGUGGCACUGGUGCUGCUCCUCGGCGCCCCCCUGCAACCCGCGCCACAGCACCGCCGCCCUCGUCGGGCGCGCCGAUAAACCUGGACGACGUCCCCGUCGGCGGCGGUGGUGGCGGCGGCAUGAACGACUGGGCCAACGCCUACCCUCCAGGUAUGGCGCCGCCAGUGCUCGCCGGUGGCAACGACACCAUUGCUGCCGAGGCAGCGGCGGCGGCACAGGAGCCGAUGCAGAAAUGCCGCAUCUGCAGUCGAAGUUUUCGCAUAUCGGUCGUUAUACGGCACGAGGCGCUGUGUCGCAAGCAGGCAAGCAAGCCGCGGAAUGUCUUCGACAUGCGUGAGCAGCGGCUCGACGGUGUCGAGGGAAUCAAAGAGGUACAGCGUGCUGCGACGCGGGCUGGCGGUGGUGGUGGUGGUCGCGGUGGCGGACGCGGCGGUGGCGGUGACGUAGCAGCAGCAGCAGCAGCAGCCAAGGGAAAGCUUCCUAAGUGGAAGAUUCAGCACGAACAGUUCCAGGCCGCGAUGCGUGCGGUUCGCCGGCAGCAGGAGGGCGGCGGUGGCGGCUUCGGCUCCGCCCAGAUGGCACCGCCGCCCCCCCCAAUUCCGGACGAGUACGAUGAUCGCGUCCUGUGCCCGCACUGUGGCCGCAAGUUCGCCCAGGAAGUGGCGGCCCGGCACAUUCCGAAGUGUGCAACGACCAUUGCGAAGCCAAAGGGAAUUCGCCCGAUCCGCCGAUGA